AUGGAAAGUGAUAAAGCUGGAACCCCAGAAGAACCGAAAAUGAGGCCAGAAAAACAAGCAGAAACACAUGAAGGUGAUACUAAUGAGAGUCCACUAUCACAGGCUCUGUCCAGCCAUGUGAUUCUCUUGGUCCCAGAGUUCUUGGAUCCAGCCCUCACCCAGGAAAAGGCCUUUGCCCAUGACGUCAGCAACAAACAACACACACCUGCAGAGGAGUCCAAAGUUCCACAGCCAGAGGACACGUUCCUCCCUGAGCAGGGUAGUGACAUCUCCAGUUCCUCAGCAAACGUCAUGCAACCCAAGGAAGGUGAUACCCCCAAUACCUCAACAAAAAUCAUCCCACCAAAGCAGGGUGACACAUGCAGUUCCCCAGGAAAAACCAUCUUGCCUAAAGAAGAUAACACCUUUAAUUCCUCAGAAAACAACAUCUUCCAUAAAAAGGGUAACACUGCUAAUUCCUCAGAAAAAAACAUCCAAUCCAAGCAGGAUGAUAUCUCCAAUUCCCCAACCAAAACCAUCCCACUCAAGCAGGAUGACAUCCUCAGGUCCUCAGGAAAAACCAUCUUGUCUAAAGAAGGUAAAACCCCUAAUUUCUCAGAAGAAAACAUUCCAUCCAAGCAAGUUGACACCCCCACAUCCUCGGCAAAAAACAUCCUGCCCAAGCAGGCUGACACCUCCAAGUCCUCAGCAAAAGCCAUCCCGUCCGAGCAGGUUGACACCCCCAGUUCCUCAGAAAGCAACGUCCUGCUCAAGCAGGAUGACACCCUCAAUUUCUCAGAAAAAACCAUCCUGCUCAAGCAGGCUGACACACCCAUUUCCUCAGCCAAAACCAUCCAGCCAAAGCAAGACAAAACCCCCAAUCUCUCGGGAAAAACCAUUUCACCUAAACAGGGUGAUAGCCCUAAAUCCUCAGAAGAAACUGUCCAGUCAAAGCAGGGCAAUACCCCCAAGCUCUCAGCAAAAUUCAUUUCACCCAAGGAGGGUGACAUCUCCAACUCAGAAAAAAACAUUUCACCCGAGCAGGAUUACACCUCCAAAUCUCCAGAAGAAAACAUCCAACCAAAGCAGGGCAAUACCCCCAAGCUCUCAGAAAAAUUCAUUUCACCCAAGGAGGGUGACAUUUCUGACUCCUCAGAAAAAAACAUUUCACCAAGGCAGAGUGACACCUCCAAACCUCCAGAAGAAACCGUCCAGCCCAAGGAGGGUGAAACCAUCGAAUCCUCAGAAGAAACCAUUCAGCCAGUAGAAGGUGACAUCCCAGCAGAAGAAACACUGGAGCUCUUGGAGGUCAACAUGGUGAAAGUGAUCCUGAACAAAGAGGAUUUUGAGUUGGCGCUCAAGGAGGCUGGAGAGAAGCUAGUGGCUGUGGACUUCUCAGCCAUGUGGUGUGGACCCUGCAGGACCAUCAGGCCCCUUUUCCAUUCCCUGUCUGUGAAGCAUGAGGAUGUAGUGUUCCUGGAAGUGGAUAUUGAUGAGUGUGAGGAGGUGGUGAAAGACUGUGAGAUCAUUGGCAUUCCAACCUUUCAGUUUUACAAAAAAGAAGAAAAGGUGGGUGAAUUUUGUGGCGCCCUUGAGGAAAAACUCAAAACGAUCAUUGAAGAAUUAAAGUAG